UGGAAUGGAAGGACGGUUUAAAGGAGAAAGCACCAAUAGAAGCAGGGUUUUGUAAGAGGUGGAGAAAAGCAAGCCUUGCAUGUUACAAAGGCAGUAGGCAGAGUUAGAUCCAAAGAAAAGAAAUACUGCAAGCAAUCCAAAGAAAGGACGGUAUGAUUCAUUAAGUCAUUAUUGGAUAGAGAUAAAACAAUAUUUCGGCAUCAUGUCAGAAGCAAAAAAGGAGAAGAAAAAGUCUUCAGUUCCAGGUCACACAGGGCGUAGUUCUCUCCCACCAAAUGUCUCUAAUGCAGAUGAAGAUGAGGUUCCCACCAUGGAAACCUUUGGUGUCAUUCCAAGGGGUGUUAGCAUGAAAGAUUAUCUAGAAGUCCAAAAUAUUCAUCUGUUCAAGCAGACCAAUGAAAAGAAUAAGCGGGAACAUCACACUGAUAGAUAUUACAAUAACAAACUCAUCAUACGCCGUGGCCAGACCUUUGACAUCCAGAUAGACUUUAACCGGAAUUAUAAUCCGGAAAAAGACCAGUUUUGGAUAGAAUAUGUUAUAGGUCGUUAUCCCCAGCAGAGUAAAGGAACAUACAUACCGAUCCCCAUUGUUGACAAACUGGAAGCAGGAAAAUGGGGAGCACAAGUUACUCGGAAUGAGUACAAUUCGGUCAGCGUGACCAUACUAUCAGCACCGGACUGCAUUGUUGGCAAGUUCCGCAUGUAUGUGGCUGUCCUAACUCCUUAUGGGAUUAUGCGCACCUCCAGAAAUUCAGAGACAGAUACCUACAUUCUCUUCAACCCAUGGUGCAAAGAGGAUUCUGUUUAUAUGGAUGAUGAGAGGGAAAUUGAAGAAUAUGUCAUGAAUGAUGUUGGAAUUAUUUUCCAUGGAGAAGUGAGCAAUAUCAAGAAAAGAAGUUGGGAAUACGGGCAGUUUGAAGAACAGAUUCUUGAUGCAUGCCUUAACCUUAUGGACAGAGCUCAACUGGAUCUCAGUGGACGUGGGAACCCAAUUAAAAUUAGUCGUGUUGGAUCUGCAGUGAUAAAUUCCAAAGAUGAUGAUGGUGUUGUUGCUGGGAACUGGAAAAACGAUUAUUCUUUUGGAGUGUCUCCAUCUGCUUGGACAGGAAGUGUAGAUAUCCUGUUGGAGUACCACAGUUCUGGCCUUCCGGUGAAAUAUGGUCAGUGCUGGGUCUUUGCUGGUGUGUUCAAUACAUUUUUGCGAUGCCUGGGAAUACCUGCACGACUUAUCACCAAUUAUUUCUCAGCUCAUGACAAUGAUGCCAAUCUACGUACGGAUGUCUACCUUGACGAGGAUGGGAAAACAAACACUACACUCACAAAGGAUUCUAUCUGGAAUUAUCAUUGCUGGAAUGAGGCUUGGAUGACUCGAUCUGAUCUUCCUGUUGGGUUUGGAGGAUGGCAAGCUGUAGAUGCUACACCACAGGAAACCAGUGAUGGUAUGUUUCGAUGUGGACCUGCAUCAGUUCAAGCCAUUAAGCAUGGUCACGCCUGCUUCCAGUUUGAUACACCAUUUAUUUUUAGUGAGGUAAACAGUGACAUAGUAUACUCUAGAGCAAUGAAAGAUGGAUCCAAAGUUAUUGAACAUAUUGACAAAACACAUGUGGGACAGAAGAUAUUGACAAAACAAAUUGGUGGAGAUGACCCACAAGAUAUAACUGACCUGUAUAAGUUUUCUGAAGGCACAGAGGAGGAGAGACUGGCUCUAGAGGCAGCCCUGAUGUACGGAGUCAAAAAGGAAAUCAGAGAUGAGGAUCAGCAACAGUUUGCUCCCGACACAGAUAUGGACUUUCAGGCAGAUAAUGCAGUAUUUGGCAGUGACUUCAAAGUCACUUUAACUUUCAAGAACUGGAGUGCCAAUCUUUAUACAGUAUCCGCUUUUCUCACCGGACAUAUUGUCUUCUACACCGGGGUCCUGAAGUCUGAGUUCAAGAAUAAGAAUGUAGAAGUGACAUUGGACCCUUCAUCCUCUAAAUCUGUGGAAGUUCUAAUAAAAGCCCACGAGUACUUGAGCAAGCUUGUGGAACAGGCCUCCUUACAUUUUUUUGUCACGGCUCGUAUUAAUGAAACAAAGAAGAUAAUGGCAAAACAGAAGAUUGUGAUACUGAAAGUUCCUGAGCUACACAUCAAGGUUCUUGGAGAGAAGAUGGUUGGCAAAGAAAUGACUAUUGUGAUUGAGUUCACUAAUCCAUUAAAGAAGGCACUUCAAAAUGUUGCUUUGCGUCUCGGAGGACCUGGACUUAUGAGGACAAGAGCUAAAGUUUUUGGGGAAAUUCCAAUGAAUUCAUCAUUGACUUGGGAACAGAAAUGCAUACCACAAAGAGCAGGCACAAGGAAAUUAAUUGCUACGCUAGAUUGUGAGACAAUACGACAUGUUUAUGGAGAGCUAGAGCUUGAAGUGUUGGAUAAUCCUCUGUGAAUCUGUAUUUGUAAUGCAAUAAGCAGCAUUUGCAUAUAUAUAUAUAUUGCGCUUUGGCCUAGGAAAACACAAAUGGAUGAACUUAUAUUCCUGUCCAAUUGUUCUCUUUUUAAUUUAAACAUUAAAAUAACCCAGCUAUUGCUUAAAAUAUUCAUGUUGCAUGCACCAGCAAUAACCUAUACCAAAAAAGGUCAGGAAAAAUGUUAGUGCUGUGUCUGCAAGUUUGCUGCUUGCAAUUUUAAUAUAGACAUUUAGUUCUAUUUCUUCUGAAGAGCAGAAGCUGCUAAUGAAAGUACAGAGACACCUCCAUGGACCUUCCCUUAGGGCAAUGUCACACCAUAUCAAUAACAUAUAGCUUUCUAUUGUAUGCAAGGAGAUAAUAAUAACCCUGCAGCUGUAAAUAUGUACAACAAACUUAUUUGAUAAUGACAUCAUGUUGGGAAGUGGUGUAGAAACUUGCACACAUGUUGCUUCCCAUGUUGGUAGUGUACUGUGGCCCUUACUAAUAGGCCACAAAUAACAACCCAUGGCCUUGAUGGAGCCCUGUAUUGUUUCCUUUCUUCUUAUUUAGGUAGAUGGGAAAAGAACCGCAGUGAUCAUAAACACUUAUGACAUAGGCCUAGCCCAGAAACAUCAGACUAUCCAAUCCACAGUUUAAACUAAAUGUGAACAUUUACUUCUAUCCAUCUUGUAUUAGUGGUUGAACCAGUUGCAUUUUUUUUUCAAAUAAUCAAUGUAGUUAUUUACCUAUUAUAGACUGUCUUUCCCAGGUCAGGAGGGAGGUUGUUACAAAGCAGGUGGAAUAGUAUCCCAUAGCAACUAAUUAGUAACUAGCUUUUUCAACUGUACUGACACUAAUGAAAGCAAAAUUCUUAGGACCAGUUCAUUAACAAAAGUCCUGCAAAUCAGCAAACAUUGUGAAAUACCUUGUGGACCAUUCCACAAUGGGAAAUAAAAAAGCUAAGGGCAUAAAAGCAGUUAAAUAUUCUAUUACUUAUAAAAAGAUGAUGUGCUCCUCUCCUCUAGCAGGAAAUACAAAUAUCUCCUCUUCAGUGGAUCAUUAAUAUUGCUGUAUAACUGUUUUGUAGGGCUCUCACUUGCGUUAAUUAGUACAUUUCCUUUUUUUCUCAUAACUGUUUCUUAUAAAACCAAACAAUCCAACUUUGCAUUACAUGCAUGCAUAAAGUAAUUAUACUCACACUUUUUAAUUGAAGUAUUACAUUGUACACCAGCUUUUUAAUUGAACUGUUCAAUAAAGUAUAUUUGAUUAGACUUGUAA